AUUGUUCCCACUGCAUGAAUAUGAGAAGACCUUUCUCUUUUUCCGAGCCUAUUACCUUCAAACGUUGGAGUUUUCAUUCACGCCUUCCAUGUCAGAUAUACACAGACAAGAUUCAGCACAGAGAGAACCUAUCAUCAAACGGCCAUCGCGGACUGGGAGCUGGGAUAGAGCUAUAGUAUACGAUCUAGAGAGCGGCAAAGUUGAUAUCCGCAAGAAACAAGAUAUCGAAAAGGACAGGACGACAGGAGUCAACGAGUAUCAACCAAUACAACUUACUAAGAGGAAAAACAGCAUCUCUUUGUACAUUGGGCAAAGCAAUGGUGAUAAACUGAGGACGGAUGCACGCUCGGAGAAUGACAAAUUCUUAGCCAGAUUAAGCUUGGAUCAUAUGGGGUUCAUGAAUCGCCUACUUCUUGCACUUGGCUUCAUUACGACAUUGUGGUUGAUCGGCGGGGAUGACUUGAUCAUGAUUGUUUCCCACUAUGAUGGCAUCAGCCAUACAUAA